AUGGGCCUCGGCAGCCUCCCUACAGAGCUGAUACUGCAGAUAUCUGACAAUCUCAAUCCGCUGGAUAGCUUUUGUGUGGCCCUUACGUCGCGAAAACUUGCGUCCAUCCUGCUACCAAGAGCACGCAUAAUCACCCUUUCUUAUGCAGCUGAUAUAGACGAUAAAGAUCUCUUCCUUAAAACUAUUGAACAAGAUGUCGAUUUCAACUUUGUUCUGAGUGGCCGAACGAUCCUGGAGGAAUAUAUCUUAACCCAGGACGACGAGUACGUUCUUCCGCUGCUGGAUCGAGGUGUUGGGCUCGUCUCACCGCCGGGUUCUAUAUGUGCUACGGUUGGCGUGAAUCUUCUACACAUUGCUGCUGCUUCCGGGUGCGGCGAUGCUGUGAUAAAAAGGCUUCUUGUGCAUGGUGAUGAGAUCGAUCCGUUUGCAGCGGACGGCGAAGGUACCACGCCGCUUGUAUGUGCAAUCAACAAGCGAAGGCUGGCUGUUGUAAAGACACUUGUUAAGCUAUACCAGGAAAAAGGCAGGGAGAUAGACCCUCCGGACUCCAAAUGCCCCUUGAUUUUAGAGGCUAUGCAGCGAGGGUUUGGGGAAAUAGUGUUGUUUCUACUGAAGACUAAAGGGGUCCGGGUGAAUGCCAGAGGCCCGUCUGGGGAGAACGCAUUGCACUGGCUAGCUCGGACUGAGAUGACUCCAGAUGAUGAAGAUGCCUGGGAAGACACAGAGGAUGAAGAAGGAGACCCUACUGCUCAGGAGAUUAUAGAUAUGAUCGAGCAGGGGCUGAGAAACGGGGAUCCCGGCUUUACCGAAACUGAUGAGGAUAUAAACAUCACGGUCCUGAAUGCUCUUAUUAAGGCUGGCGUUAGUUUUACCGAUACCGCGACCGAGGACCGUGUUACUCCCUUGCAUGCGAGUGCCCAACGAGGACGGUAUACCUUAGUUGAGGGCCUUGUCGCCGCGGGGGCUGAUAUAUCAGUACGGUGUGCGCAUGGUGGCACACCUCUUCACUGGGCUGCUAAGGGCGGAUCGGUGUUGUCCAUAGACACCCUUGUCGACCUCGGGACCAGCCUCCACGUCACCGAUUUGGAGAACAAGACACCACUACUAUGGGCAUACGAGUGCGAUAAUUUUGAUGGUCCUUUUUCCAGUUUUGAUCCAAGCCCAUACCCUAUAGACUAUCUGCUUCAGUAUGGAGCAAACCUAUCUCACCUGGACUCUUCCAAUCAAUCCGCUCUGCACAUGGUUGCCCAAUAUGAGAGGCCCAACGGGGCAAUUCAGCUGCUGGCUGCUGGUAUCGAUGUGGAUAUGCAGCGCAAUGACGGAUCUACGGCGUUGCAUCUGGCGGCACUGAACGGGUCAUACAGUACUGCGGAACAGUUGCUGAGAGCUCGACCAAAUCUGGAGCUGAAAAAUGUACAGGGCCAAACCGCCCUUGACGUCGCUAUAGAGAACGGUCAGGACAAGGUAGCUAAACUGAUUCGUAGUUAUGUCCGACGUGGAGUUAGGGCUGUUGGAGGUCCUAUCAACGAACGUGCCCUAACGGAGAUGCGUAUCCGGCUAGACAGUCAAUCGCUAGUCUAUGAAUGGAUAGAUUGA